AAAACCCCGUUUUGAAAGAGGUUUGUGCCCUAACACCGAUCGCUCUCUUCCACCCAUUUCCUCUCCUUUUCUCUCCGCUUUCUUUCUCUCACUUUGCUUCCUCGAUCCUCCCUCAAAUCCCUGCAAAAGCCUUGGAGCCGUCGCUCGAACCUUGGCCUCCAGAUUCCUUUCGCGCCCCAAAGCUCGGAUUUUUCUCUCCCCGAUCUUGCUCGGGACUUCUCCGGCCUUUCCCCUCUGCUUCUAGGGUUUGUGCGGUUGAUGGGAGCUGGACGGUCUUGCCCCUUGGUCGGCCGCCCGAGUUCCUCGGCAUUGGGAGAAUCUCGCUGCAGACCGCUCCCUGCUGGCGGUCGGUACGUCACUCGAGUUUAGGGUGUGGCUCGAUCGGGCAUUGGGGAGGAGUCGAAUUCAUCUGUUUUGCCACGGAUUUAGUUUGAUCUGACGUCCUGUUCUUUUCGCUCUCGUGGUAUUCGGAGUAAAUUUGGAAGGAAGGUGUUCCUUUUUUCCUAUUCUGUGGGUGAUAGACUUACCUUUCUUGGAUUACCGAGUGGAACAGUUAAAGGUUGAAUCUUUCCAGUAGGAGAGGCUCAUCAGACCUCGGUGGCAGACGAUGGUUGGUCAAUUUCGCUUUUAGAUGCUGAUUUCUUGGUGUUGUGGCAAAAGGACUUGGUUUUUGUUGUUUCUGUGUCCAUCGUGAUUGAAUAUCUGAGGGAAGGCUCAUCCUUUUUGCUAAUUCAUUUCUAGUGGCUACUUCGUGCAUUCCAUUUAGUUGUACUUGUUCGCAUAACGGUUAUUUGAGUUUUCUCCAUUGGAAGAGGGGAGUGAGGAAGUACUUAGGACGGCAUUGAGCACCGACUGUACAAAAGCUUCACAUGGGCGAUCAUGGAAGCUGGGAACCGCCCAGUUGCCUACCGCCCAAUGGCCUUUUGCCUGAGGAAACAGCCAAGGUGACCCAAGUGCUUGAUGCCGACAGAUGGUUCAAUGCAGAGGAGCAAACUGCAGAGCUGAUUGCCCGGAUUCAGCCCAAUCAAUCAUCCGAGGAGCGCAGAAAUGCUGUAGCCAACUAUGUCCAACGGCUCAUCACAGAGUGCCUCUCCUGCCGGGUUUUCACAUUUGGGUCGGUACCUCUUAAGACCUACUUACCAGAUGGAGACAUUGACCUGACUGCAUUCAGUGAUAAUGAAAAUUUGAAGGAUACAUGGGCUACCACUGUUUGUGGUGUAUUAGAGAAUGAAGAGAAGAGUGAGAAUGCCGAGUUUCGUGUGAAAGAAGUCAAAUACAUCCAAGCAGAGGUAAAACUCAUAAAGUGUCUUGUUGAAAAUAUUGUUGUGGACAUCUCUUUCAAUCAAGUUGGUGGACUAUGCACCCUUUGCUUCCUUGAAGAGAUGGACAAAGUGAUAAAUCAAAAUCAUCUUUUCAAGCGAAGUAUUAUACUAAUUAAGGCUUGGUGUUACUAUGAAAGUCGUAUACUGGGUGCUCAUCAUGGACUUAUAUCUACAUAUGCCUUGGAGACUUUGGUUCUUUACAUAUUUCAUGUCUUCAAUAAUUCUUUUGCUGGGCCUCUUGAGGUGUUGUAUCGUUUUCUAGAAUUUUUUAGCAACUUUGAUUGGGAUAACUAUUGUAUUAGUCUAUGGGGGCCGGUUCCUAUUAGUUCACUUCCAGAUAUGACUGCGGAACCUCCUCGAAAGGAUAAUGGGAAGUUGUUGUUUAGUAAGGGAUUUCUUGACAACCGUACUGCAUUAUAUUCUGUCACACCAGGUGGUCAAGAAAACCACAACCAACCUUUUGUUUCAAAGCAUUUCAAUGUUGUGGAUCCUUUACGCAGAAACAACAAUCUUGGACGCAGUGUGAGCAAAGGCAAUUUUUUCAGGAUACGUAGUGCUUUUGCAUUUGGGGCCAAAAGAUUGGCCAGGCUGAUUGAAUGUCCAAAAGAUGACAUAAUUGCUGAAGUCAAUCAAUUCUUUAUGAACACGUGGAAAAGACAUGGGAGUGGCGAUCGUCCUGAUGUUCUUAGCUUAGAUUUACGGCACUUGCCACCUCUGAAAACUGUUCCAGUUGAAGAAUCAAACAACUCAAAAUGCACAAGUGUCGAAAAGAAGUUUGAAAAUGGUGUAUUGGAGGUUAUCAAGGAGCACCUGGCUGAAACUGGUCAUGGUUUUCAUAAUUCUACCUCUGAAAUGGUAGGCAAUGACCAGAAUGUAUAUAGGUCAAACAAAGUAUCUGCACUUUCUCAUGUUGAGAACCAGAUAAAUAACGAAAAGCAAAUCAACUUGAGAUUCACUGAUCAGCUGGAGAGAAGUGGUGGAUCUGAUCAUAGUAACAAAAAUCAGAAAAAUUUUAAACCUAAUUACUCUGCAUAUGACCGGAAAGAACAGGGUAGAUUUCAGUUUGCAAGGACAAGAUCUAGUCCUGAGCUGACAGAGACAUCCUUUGAUUUGUCUCAAGGAAGUCAUGGCAGAGCAAUAGAAACAGCAAAGUUCCAAAAUCCUGCAAAGUUUGAUUCCGGUAUCAGACGAUGGAACUUGGGUUCUGAAGUUAUGGGAAGUCACAGUUCAAAGUCUUCUCUUGAUGAUUAUAAAUCAACGAGGCAGACUUCGUCCCAAAAGAACAUUGAUGUUGCUUCUGAUGCAAACAGUGUUUCAAAUAGCCAUCAGGGUGAUUUUGGUUUUACUGGGGAGGAACUUGCUUCUGUUUCAGAGACAUUGGAGAUGCAGCAGGAAGAACAGGAUUUGGUGAAUAUGAUGGGAUCUUCCAACAUUCAUGGUCUCAAUGGACUGGUUCAAUUUCCGAUGCAUCUAGCUCCUCUUCAUCUGCCUUUGACAUUUCCAACUCCAAUGGGUUAUUUCAAGAGAAAUUUGGCUGGAGCUGUACCAUCUAAUAUAUCCUUUAUCGGGCCUCCCUGGGGACCCAAUAUGCAGUUUGCUCAAAGUCUUGUUUCUUUUCCUCUUUCCUAUUCAAACUUUAAAGAUGUUAAUGAGUCUUUUAAUGAUGGUUUUUCUGUGAUGCAACUCAACACAGAGGAUAAUGAUCAUGGCAGCUUACAUGAAGAUGAUGUUGUAUCUUCCAGAGGUCUUAAUCCUAGUGAUAGUGGUACUCAGAUUCUUCAUCUUGAUGACAAGCAACACAAAUUAGAAGGUGGUUUAACCUCAAGUCAUGGAGCAAGAAGCACUAGGUCUGGUUCUUUACCAUGAGGACAGAAUAAGUUGGGUAAAGAAAGCAGGAGUUUGAUAAGGGAAGAUUAUAAUGGCUCGUUUCAAGCUAAAACAAGUAGAGGAGGUGAUAUUCACUCUAAUUUCAGGAGUUCAAACUCAAGGUUCUCUCUGUCACAGGCAAGUUCUUCCAGAAACAAACCUGCAUCAGAAAAUCUGAGGGAUGUAUCAGCUGCAAACAUUUCAAAGCCAGCAAGGGACAGGUGGGGGAGAAAACCAGCCUCUCCUUCAGUUUCAGCUUCUUAUUAUGGAAAAGAAAACAGUGGGUUGCAAUUUGAGGGUUCAUCUGACAAUGUUUCUUUAAAACUAGAUGAUAACACUUCAGGCUGGAUAUCUUUGUCGGCCAUGGGAAAUGAUACAUCUGAAAAAACUGUAGAAUCUGCAUCGUUGGCUUCCUCACAUGCAAGAAGUGAGCAUCUACCCGACUCUGAAUCGGCACAAUUUCAAUCAGAUCCAUUUAUUCCAUAUUCACCAGUGCUUGUCGGCACUUCCCAGCAAACGGGUGUGGAUUAUUCUAAGAUUCUUCCUAUGGCAUUUGUUGCUACAGGUCCUCCAGUUCCAUACUUAGUGUUUCCUUUUGGUAAUUUUACAUCUAAUACAGGAAAUCCUGAUGGAUAUGCAAGGCAAUUUGAUAAAGAGGAAGAAUCAGAUCAGUUUCUAUCAAGCUCUUCUUGUCAGAACAUUGAUUCAGUGGAGAGUCUCAACCUGUCCGAGGCUUUGAUGAGCCCAACUGUUUCAAGAGAUUCUGGACCUGAAUCCUCUGCAGAGACUAGUUCUGACAUUCUGAACAGUGAUCUAAACGGCCAUUGGCAAAAUCUGGUAUAUGGACGGUUCUGCCAAAAUUCCUAUCAUGAACCUUUCGUGUAUCCUUCCCCUGUUGUAGGGCCACCAAUUUAUCCUGUCAGUCAUUUUCCGUGGGAUGGUUCUGGCAGACCCCUUGCAUCUAAUCUGAACUAUACACAGAUCAUGGGGCAUGGUCCUCGACUUGUGCCUGUGAUUCCUCUCCAACCUGGUCCUGAUCAGGCCUCUGGUGUCUUCAAGCAUCAUGCAGAUGAAGCACCAAGAUAUCGUGGUGGUACCGGAACCUACCUGCCCAAUCCUAGAAAUAUCUGAAGAUUAAAAUGAACGGUACGAUCGAUUAAAAUAAUUAAAGGAUUGGAGGCGAUCACAAACAGCUCUCGAUCGUGUCAGACGAGUCCUUGUAGUGGAAUGCUGGUUUUGGUUUGUCAGAAACAAAAAUUCUUGCAGUGCAAUGGUGGAUUGUAUUAUGUCAAACUAUUCUGUAAGAAAUUAUUAUGGUGGCCUGCAAAAUAUUAUCGACAGGUUCUAUGGAGUUUAGGGAACAUGGUCUGUUCAAGGCGUAGUCUGGAGUGGAUCUCUAUCCAAGGCCUUGUAACAUUGGUUUGAUGUCCUUCAUCUGUUUAUAUGCA